AUGAAGGGUUUCACGGCGGCCCUCCUCGUCGGGAGUCUCUUAUCUCUGAGUCGCAGUAGCAACAAAGCCUGGCCCCCACACACGGUCUGCCGGGAUGGGAACCUGGAAGUGCUCUACCAGAGUUGCGAUCCAUUACAAGAUUUUGGCUUUUCUGUUGACCAGUGUUCUAAACAUUUAAAGCCAAAUCUCAACGUUAGAUUUGGAAUCAUUCUGAGAGAGGACAUCAAAGAGCUGUUUCUUGACGUAGCUCUCUUCAAUAAAGGAUCGCCCAUUUUGAAUUUCUCCUAUCCCAUCUGUGAAGAGGAUCUACCCAAGUUUUCUUUCUGCGGAAGAAGGAAAGGGGAGCAGAUUUAUUUUGCCGGCCCCGUCAAUAAUCCUGGAUUUGAAAUUCUCCAGGGAGAAUACCAGGUUUUGCUGGAACUGUAUAAUGAAAACCAUUUCACCGUGGCCUGUGCCAAUGCCACCAUCAUUUGCUCCUGA